AUGGAUACCCUCACCCCAACUGGCAAUUUGACUCCAAUAACGCCUACCUCGGGCAUCUCAACGCCCAGGGGCCCCAGGAGCACAUUCGUGCCGCUGGUCACAGUCAUUGGCUUCCACCACGCGAGGGGUCCCGAGGUCGAGUCCUGGUAUGGCAACCCCGAGGGCACAGACCCGGCCGUCGAGUAUGGUUGGUCACUGCUGCCCUUCAUGGCGCUCAGCGACGGCGCGCAUGCCGCGACAGAAGACUUCUCCUACUUCACCCUGCUGAAGCCUGCUACCGAGACCGAGCCCGCAACAUCGCUCUUUGGAAUAUCAUGUACCAGACAGAUGGACGCCUCCGCCCUGAUCAACCGCCCCGCCGACGUUACGCGGUCAACCGUGCAAAAGGCCGUCGUCGUCAUAGCCGACAACCCACAAACAUUUGGCACGCUCAGGGAGCGGCUCAGUGUCGUCACGCAUGCGUGGUUUGCCCAGCGCGAGUUCACCGAUACGGAGAUCCUGCGUCGCUUCCAGGAGAGCCUGGCGGACGAGAAGGAGCGGGGUCUCCUCAGCGAGGAUGAGAACCGGGACGCCUACCUCGGCAUGAGUUUGAGGGAGAUGAUACACGAGUUCAGGUGGCAGACUUUGGUACUGUUGAAAUGCUGCCUUUUGCAGCCCAAGAUGUUGUUCUUUGGUUCACGAUGCGAGCGACUUUGCAUGAUGCAGUUUUCUUUAAUAUCCUUGAUACCCGGUCUUAUUCGAAGGCUUCAGGACUGUGCCGAUCCGGAACUGAACAGCUACGAGAAGCAUCUGACCAUGCCCACAAACCUGAAAUCUAGUGACCGGUCAUCAUUACAGGCAUACAUGGGCCUGCCGCUUCAGAUAUUCGGCAAGGGAAGCCUGUUUGGGCCAUAUACACCGCUUCAGCAGCUCGAUGUCUUGGCAGACCACGAGACAAAAUCGUACAUUGUUGGAAGCACUAAUUCACUUCUUCUUCAGCAGCGCGACAGGUAUAGUGACAUCCUCAUCAACCUCGAUGACGAUUUCAUCAAUAUUACGUCGACAUCGUUAAAACAAGCACUGCAACUCUCGACCCCAGACCGGAGAUGGAUCGAUUUUAUCACACAGACUGUAAACGAGACAUGGGACGAGGCGAAUCCCAGCCGGCCCAAGACGAUGGGCUUCAUGGGGAGCGAGGAAUUCAUCCGACUUCAAUUCGAGGACUACAUCAUUGCGCUUCUUUCGGCCGUAAAGUAUCACACCUUCCUGGCUAAGCAUAAAGAUAAUCCGAAAAUGCUUCUUCCGCACAUUGAUGGCGAUCCAGCAGUGGACUUCAAUCUGGACUGGGUCGAGGCCUGGAUGAAGACGGAGAAUUACCGGAUCUGGAACAACAACACCGACAGCCAUCUGUUUGACAUUGCCGAACCAAGGCACAUAUGUGCAGGCGGCCUCACCAUUGACGAUGUAUCAAGGCGCGUGACCCAGCAGGUCCAGGACUUACAUCUGGACGAGAAGCUGUCUCAAGGAAGAGAGGCGGCCGCGAGGAACCUGGCCGCGGCUAGGGAUAAGGGAGGUGCCAUGAUCACCAAAUUCUACGGGGAGCUUGAGGCAUAUCGGGAGGCCCAGCGGAAGAAGGCGGAGGAGACCAGGCAACAGCAGUCCAGCGACUCUGUGCCUGCCAGUCCAACCAUCAAGAAUGGGCAUGAUGCCGAAAAGGCAGGCGUGGGUGCCUAUAUGAGCAGUUGGGCCACGUGGGCGGGAGAGAAGCGAAAGGCGCUCGCCAACCGCGGCAGCAGCGACAACAGGAACAGCGGCAGCAGCACGAGCGGAUGGGGCCUCGGGCUGGGCAGGACCAAGAGCAAGAAGGACGCGAGCAGCACGACCUCGCUGCACUCGGCCUCGGAAAAGGAGGUCAAGAGCCCGCGCAUGUCGACGUCUUCGUCCUUCUUUGGCUCGGUGAGGAAGAGCGUGGACAGCGCCCGGGAGCUGGAAAAGGCGCGCCAGGAGGACCCGGUGCGCCCGGGCACCCAGCACUCGUUCAGCGAGAGCAUACUCGGCUCCGAGGAGUCCGGGACCGCGUCGUCGCCCGAGGCCUCGCCACAGAAGCCGCGGAUCGACUUCGCGAUGAAGGAGACGAGCGUGUGGAACGACCGCGAGUCGCCCACCGAGUACAAGCUGGCAUAG